GCGCACUCGGCUGCGCGCUGAGCUCGGGGUGCACCGACGCGCCGCGGGCGGCUGGAGCUCGGCUUUGCUCUUGCUGCAGCAGCCGCGCCAUCCGCCCCACUUCGCUCAGAUUUCGACCCCAGCCCCCUCUGCACCGCUCUCCGGGACUCCAACCCAGGCUCUCGUACCCGGCCCCGCGGACCAUGCUCCGGGCGCCCCCCGGAAAACCGGGCUGGGUGAAGAGCCGGCAAAGACUAGGCUCCCGAGCAGGGGCCCCACCCGGCCACCCUUCUCUUGGCCCACACCCUGCCCGGUGUCCCUGAGCCGUGUAAGCCUGCUGGGCCAUGGAGCGCGCGCCGCCCGACGGGCUGCUGAACGCGUCGGGCGCUUUGGCCGGUGAGGCGGCGGCCGCAGGCGGGGCGCGCGGCUUCUCGGCUGCCUGGACCGCUGUCCUGGCUGCGCUCAUGGCGCUGCUCAUCGUGGCCACAGUGCUGGGCAACGCGCUGGUCAUGCUCGCCUUCGUGGCGGAUUCGAGCCUCCGCACCCAGAACAACUUCUUUCUGCUCAACCUCGCCAUCUCCGACUUCCUCGUGGGUGCCUUCUGCAUCCCGUUGUAUGUUCCGUAUGUGCUGACGGGCCGCUGGACCUUCGGCCGGGGCCUCUGCAAGCUGUGGCUGGUGGUCGACUACCUGCUGUGUGCCUCCUCAGUCUUCAACAUCGUGCUGAUCAGCUAUGACCGAUUCCUGUCCGUCACUCGAGCUGUCUCCUACCGGGCCCAACAGGGGGACACACGGCGGGCGGUGCGGAAGAUGGCGCUCGUGUGGGUGCUGGCCUUCCUGUUGUAUGGGCCUGCCAUCCUGAGCUGGGAGUACCUGUCUGGUGGCAGCUCCAUCCCUGAGGGCCACUGCUACGCUGAGUUCUUCUACAACUGGUACUUUCUCAUCACGGCCUCUACCCUCGAGUUCUUCACGCCCUUCCUCAGUGUCACCUUCUUCAACCUCAGCAUCUACCUGAACAUCCAGAGGCGCACCCGCCUCCGGCUCGACGGGGCCCGUGAGGCUGGUCCAGAACCCCCACCUGACGCCCAGCCCUCACCACCUCCAGCUCCUCCCAGUUGCUGGGGCUGUUGGCCAAAAGGGCAUGGGGAGGCCAUGCCACUGCACAGGUAUGGGGUGGGUGAGGCAGGCCCCGGUGUUGAGGCUGGGGAGGCUGCUCUCGGGGGUGGCAGUGGUGGGGGUGCCGCUGCCUCACCCACCUCCAGCUCCGGCAGCUCCUCGAGGGGCACUGAGAGGCCACGCUCACUCAAAAGGGGCUCCAAGCCAUCAGCAUCUUCAGCAUCCCUGGAGAAACGCAUGAAGAUGGUGUCCCAGAGUAUCACCCAGCGCUUCCGGCUGUCACGGGACAAGAAGGUGGCCAAAUCGCUUGCCAUCAUUGUGAGCAUCUUUGGGCUCUGCUGGGCCCCAUAUACACUCCUAAUGAUCAUCCGGGCUGCCUGCCACGGCCACUGCAUUCCCGACUACUGGUACGAGACGUCCUUCUGGCUCCUGUGGGCCAACUCAGCCGUUAACCCUGUCCUCUACCCGCUGUGCCAUUACAGCUUCCGCAGAGCCUUCACCAAGCUCCUCUGCCCCCAGAAGCUCAAGGUCCAGCCCCACGGCUCUCUGGAGCAGUGCUGGAAGUGAGCUGCCGCUCCACCCUUCCGUGGCCGUGGCCUGGCACUUGUUUCGUGGGCCCUGCCUUGUCUGUGGCCACUCUAAAUGCCAUGACAGCCUCUUAGAUCAUCAACCAUCUUGCAGUGGGGGAGCCUGGUAGGCUAGCCAGGGGGCCCUUGCUGGUGGAACUGGAGCGUGCUGGCCGGCUCUGCCACCACAUGCUCCUUCACCAGAAGAGACAAUUCAGGGGUCCCAGGCAUGUGUUCCGCCUCCACAGACAGUGCUGUGCUAGUGGUGCCCGUGGUGUCCCCUUGUGCACACUUAGUGGCUGGUGUCCUCUCUGAUGCAAACCUUGGUGUGUGCUCCAGGCUCCUGCCCCAGCAGUGUGCCCUGCAUGUGCACACACCCGCCGCACACCCGCCAUACACUGUAACACCUUCCCUCUUCCAGACAAUCUGGGGACGAUGCCCUUUGCUGCCUCUGUCUCCUGCUUAAGCCCAGAGCCUAGUUCCUUUGUCCCUCUCCCUUCAACUCUUUGCCCCACAAAGUGGCAAGUGCCCCCAGGAACCUUGAAGCCUUUCUCUGCUUUUCCAUUCUGGAUGUUUUCAGAAAGAUGGAAGAGAAGAAAACACGUCUGUGAACUUGAUGUUCCUUGGAUGUUUAAUCAAGAGAGACAAAAUUGCCGAGGAGCUUGGGGCUGGAUUGGCAGGUGUGGGCUCCCACGCCCUCCUCCCUCAGUGCUGCAGCUUCCGGCUGAGCCGCGCCAGCUGCUUCUGCCCCCCUCCUCCAAGGCUUGGGACGAUGGCCCUACUGGCAGUGAUGCCUGUUCAGCUGGCCAAAGCCUGCCCUGCUUGCCCCAUCUGUGCGAUCAGAAUUUGAGGGUGGGUGCAUGGGUUGUUGGGCAGAAGAGUUCGUGACUGUGCCCUGAGGGCCCCGGGGCUUACAGGGGAGUGGGCAGGAGAGCAGGCUGGGGAUACCUGGGAGGAUCGCUUUGCCUUGUCCUGUGUACCCACCUCAGACUUCUGCAUGCUCUGCUGUCUUUGUGCCCUGGUGUGCUGCCUCUGCCAAUGUGAAGACACAAUAAAGUGUAUUUUUUUAUUGGUGCUGA